AUGAAAGCAUUUGUUAAUACCGUUGUCCAAAUUCCUUCUGGUUUUGCUCUUCCACUUUCAACUCAAGAAGAAAGCCUUAUACCCUGCAAAUGCACCAAUGAUAAUGUCAAUGAUGAGGAAGAUAAGGAAGGUAAUUCAUUUACUGAGUCAACUACCUAUGACAAUAGUGAUAAUGUGUAG